UCCUGGGCUCUAAGGGAGGGGACACUUCUGGCUCUGGGAGAAUGGGCAGCAGCCUCUCAUUCGCGUCCGGAGCGCACGAGCAGCCGGGUUGUGACCAGCAACCUCCGACUCACAACUGAUGAAGCAGAGGAGCGGGCAAGCCAAGACCAAAAACACGUCCUUAUCACCCUCCUCUUCCUCAAAGUCCUCCUCCUCAGCAUCCUCAUCAUCCUCAUCAUCAACAUCAACAUCAUCAUCAUCAUCAUCGCCAGUGCGGACUCGAGCGCCGGCCACCCGUCCCGCCUUUCCCCAGGCAGCGCGUGCACACCGGCGGCCAUCAUGAACGUGCAGGUGAUGCCCGAGCACAAGCUGGCGUCGGUGGCCCCGCUCAAACCGUACGCCGUGGAGAAGAAGGAUGUGGAGCUCAUCCUGGUCAAAGAGCGCAACGGCUUGCAGUACACGAGCACCCGCACGCGCACGUGCACCGAGACGCCGGAGCGCGAGACAUGGGGCAAGAAACUGGACUUCCUGCUCUCCGUCAUCGGCUUCGCCGUGGACCUGGCCAACGUGUGGAGGUUCCCUUAUCUGUGCUACAAAAACGGCGGAGGGGCCUUUCUGAUCCCGUACACCAUGUUCCUGUUCAUUGCGGGAAUGCCGCUGUUUUACAUGGAGCUGGCUUUGGGUCAGUAUAACAGAGAAGGGGCAGCCACUGUGUGGAAGAUCUGCCCCGUUUUCAAAGGUGUUGGUUAUACCGUGAUCAUCAUAGCUUUGUAUGUGGGCUUCUACUACAACGUCAUUAUAGCAUGGUCUCUGUACUACCUGUUCUCCUCAUUCACGAGUGAGCUGCCCUGGCAGCACUGUAACAACACAUGGAACAGCCCCAUGUGCAAAGACCCCAAACUCAUCAAUGGCUCCUUUUUCCUGGGCAAUGCGACCUACGCCAAGUACAAGCGAACGCCUGCUGCUGAGUUCUAUGAACGAGAGGUACUGCGCAUCCAUGAGAGUCAAGGCAUUGAUGACCUGAAAGAACCUCGCUGGGAGCUGACGCUUUGCCUCGUGGUGGUCGUCUUUAUUCUCUACUUCAGCCUGUGGAAGGGCGUAAAGUCCUCUGGAAAGGUGGUGUAUAUCACUGCCACCAUGCCCUACAUUGUACUUCUGGUGCUGCUGAUCCGAGGCAUCACACUACCUGGUGCUAUGAACGGAAUCCGUGCAUACCUCCACAUUGACCUCAAUAAGCUCAACAAUCCUCAAGUUUGGAUUGAAGCUGCCACUCAGAUUUUCUACUCUCUGGGGGCUGGUUUCGGUGUGCUUAUCGCUUUUGCCAGCUACAAUAAAUUUGACAACAACUGCUAUAGGGACGCCCUCCUGACCAGCACCAUAAACUGCAUCACCAGUUUCUUCUCAGGGUUUGCCAUCUUCUCAGUGUUGGGCUACAUGGCCCAUGAGCAUGGCGUCAGCAUCAAGGAAGUGGCCACAGAUGGGCCUGGGCUUGUGUUCAUUAUCUACCCAGAGGCCAUUUCCACUCUCCCUGGAUCCACUUUCUUUGCCAUAUUCUUCUUCAUCAUGCUUCUAACCCUAGGCAUUGACAGCUCUAUGGGUGGCAUGGAAGCAGUCAUCACUGGACUCACAGAUGACUUCAAGAUACUAAGGAGAAACAGGAAAUUGUUUACCUUCAUCACUGCAUUUGGGACCUUCCUGGUUGCAUUAUUGUGCAUUACAAAGGGAGGGAUCUAUGUCUUCACCCUACUGGACCACUAUGCUGCAGGGACAUCCAUUCUGUUUGGGGUUCUUGUGGAGGCCAUAGGAGUGUCCUGGUUCUAUGGGGUGGACAGAUUCAGUGAAGACAUUGAACGGAUGAUGGGCUUCAAGCCAGGACUCUACUGGAGGCUUUGCUGGAAGUUUGUCAGUCCUGUUUUUCUGCUGGUUGUGGUGAUUGCCAGCAUUGUUACUGCCAACAAUAUGGAAUAUGAUGACUACAUCUUUCCUACCUGGGCUACUUUGGUGGGCUGGGGCAUUGCCCUUUCCUCGAUGAUCUUUGUACCACUCUAUGCCAUCUACAAGUUUGUCAGAUUGCCAGGCACCUUCAAGCAGAGGAUAGCGUACUGUAUUACACCAGAGCAUGAACAUCACCUAGUGGCAGAGGGAAACGUCAGGCAGUUCAAGCUCAAACACUGGCUUGCCAUCUGAUGUGACCACUGGUGCUGGAAUGCCAUCGAAAAUCCCAGGCGGCUGAUGUGCCAUGUGUGGACCCUGAGAGAAAUGUGCCUCCAGUCAAGUGGACAAAGCGAAGCGAUGACUUCUGUGUGUCUCAACCACGUACCCUAUUGUCUGCACAGCUCUGCUUCUGUCCUGUGGGUCUCUUUUUCAAGUUGGUGGAGAAAAAAGUGUUUUCUGUCUGUAUUUUGCUUUUUUAUUAUUAUAAUAAUUUUUUUAAACAUUACACCUCCAAAACCUCAAAUAUUUUUUAAUUAUUUAUGACCAUUUUUUAAUUAAUUGUAUUAAUUAUUUUUUAUACUUCAUCUCAACCUGCAGAACAUUUAGUGUUUCCAAAGAUAAAAAUACACAGUCACAUGUCACUUAUUUUAUCUCUGUGUUUGUGUGGGUGGUGUGUGUGUAAGAGCAUGUGUGUAUGAGGGCAUGAACAGUAACUAACACAGUUCUUUCCUCUAUAAUAUAUUUUUUUUCCAUUUAUCGACUAACUUUGGGCAGACACAUUUCCCAGCUAAUGUUAGGCUUUAAGAACAUAAAGAUCCCACACAUUUUUCUGUGUCCCAUAGCAGCAGUAAAACCGUUCUCGCAAGUGUAUCCUGAUGCCAUUUCUGCUUUGUAGACACACACCACUGUGUCAGUGCCUUAUUAAGAAUCUACUGGUCACUUAUUGACAUUUUUAAUCCAUUUUAAUAAGACCAAAAUGAGUGUUUACUAUAACCAAAACUUUAAAAUUAAUAGGAACCUUUCCAGAGAUGAUGCUAAGGAUAUAUAUUAUUGUUAGAGAUUAAUUAAAUAGCAUAGAUUUCCUAAAAAGACACCAAAAGUUUUUCAUAAUUGCAAAAAGUUUAAUAAAAUCACUCCAAAGAUUGAGUUAUAUGACAAAACUGUUAGGUCAAUAUAAUACAAAGUGUAAGGUCAUAUUAUAUAAUACAAAACGUUAGGUCACACUAUAUAUUACAAAAUGUUAGGUCAUACUAUAUAAUAAAGGAUAUUUAUCCUUAAAUUUGCACUAUGCCAAAAUAAUUAAUUAAAAAAGUGCAGGUCAUGUUCAAUAUUGCUCUUGUUCAGUAUUGUUCCAAAGUUAAUGUUCAAUAUUCUUAUCAUCUGCAAAUGUAGGAUGUACACCAAAUGGAGCUGGAGCCAAUUAGAUGAAAUACAGCAUAAAGUUUUUCAUUUAAAAACAAACCUCGGGUCAAUUAUACAUGUUCAGUUAAAUGAAUCUAUCAAAGUGGUUUUAGCCUCAUUAAAGCUUGUUAAUGACUGGGAGUUUUAUUAAUAAAGACCAUCAAAUAUCCUACCCAAUAAAACAUAGAUGAUUUACAUUACGAUUUAUAAGCAAUUAUUUCUAAGACAGGCAAAAAAGAGACUUGAACUGUCAUAAAAAAGAGUUUUGUUUUAUGCUUGAAAAGAUUACACAGGAAAAUGGUAGCUCAGUCGUUAAGAUGUUGGACUACUGAAGGUUUUGAGCUCAAAUCCCAGUGCUGCCACUGCUGGGCCCUUGAGUAAGGCCCUUAACCCUCAACUGCUUAGUUGUAUAAAUGAGAUAAAUGUAAGUUGCUCUGUAUAAGGGUGUCUGCCAAAUGCUGUAAAUGUAUACAGAGUUCUAUUUCAUGUGUCACACACAUACAACUGUCAUGCCCAUAUUAUAAUCUCUCCCUGGUGAUUGUGUGUGUGUGUGCGUGUGUGUGUUUUGGGGUUUCUAAUUUGUUGAGAAUUUCUCUCAGGUCAAAUUUGUGUUGCAUCCCUAGUUUAAGAAAAAAAAACACCUACUUCCUUAUAAUUCACUUGGAAGAAACAACAAUGUGUUGGAAGUGCCAAAAUUCUUCUUGUAUUUUCUAUAUUUAUUAGAGUGGAAAUGCAUUCAGAUAUAUACAUUACACUGUAAACAUGGUAACUGGUUGGGAUCAAGCCACGGUUGUGGUGUCUAGAUAUAUUAAUUAAUAAAUAUAUUCCUAUAUAUAUAAAUAUAUUCUUUUGUUAUAUAUCUAAUCUUGCAUUUAUCAGAUUCUUUAUAAUGAAACGUGAAUGUAAAGUAUUUUAAAUGUAGGCUGUCUACUGUAAUAUUAUGUGUUCGAUGUAAGUAAAGGUGAAACUGUAAAAAAAAAAAAAUAAAAUACGUUCUAUGUAAUUGGGGUGGUUCUUCCAUGAGAAGCUAAACUGAUCAGCCUGGUGUUUCUGAGCAAUGUUUACAGAUUGAGUAUUCAUAUGUCUUGUUCAUAGCUGAUCGAUAUGAUGAAGUUAAAAUACGCACACUAUUACAAUAAAGAGGUUUCCACACAACAAUAAAAAAUGUAGA